AGAAGGAUCCUUGUUAUCGAGACAGACUGCUGCGUUGUUGAUAAUAUCGCUGUCUCUCUCACUCUCUCUCCACGUCGUUUGGGGCUGAUCAGUUCAUCAGGAGCCAUGUUGGAGGAUAUUUUACCCCUGAUGCCCCCUCCCUUGACCCUUUUGGGGGUGGUGCUGGUGCUGUUUUUGCUCUACCUGCUCUCCUCCAUCCCUGGGCCUGGAAAAGACCCACCGGGACCCAGACCCCUGCCUCUCUUUGGGAACCUGCUCCACCUGGACUUGAAACAGCUCCAUGUGUCUCUCUGUGAACUGUCUAAGAAAUAUGGGUCUGUGUUCACUGUACACUUGGGCCCAAAGAAAGUGGUCGUCCUGGCAGGCUACAAGACAGUCAAACAGGCACUCCUCAACUAUGCUGAAGAAUUUGGAGACCGGGAAAUAUCACCCAUGUUUAAAGAUACUUCAAAAGGGCACGGUAUUCUGUUUGCCAACGGAGACUCCUGGAAGGACCUGAGACGCUUCUCCCUCUCCACCCUGCGAGACUUUGGAAUGGGCAAGAGGUCAAGCGAAGAGAGGACAAUUGAGGAAUCGUGCUACCUCAUCGAGGUGUUUGACAAUUUCAAGGGCAAGCCUUUCAACACCGCUGAGCCAGUGAAUUACUCCGUCUCCAACAUCAUCUGUGCCAUCAUGUACGGCUUCCGCUUUGACUACGCCGACCCCACCUUCCAAAAAAUGGUCGACAGGGCCAAUGAAAAUAUCCGCCUGGCUGGUUCAGCUGAAAUACUGGUGUACAACAUGUUCCCCUGGCUGCGCUGGUGUUGCGGCUGGAGGUUGGUGAAUCGGAGCCAGAUUCUGAAGAACACUGAAGACAACAUUGAGGAGAUUAUGGGGCUGGCACAAGGACUAAAAGAGACACUCAACCCCCAGGACCUCAGGGGAUUUGUGGACUCCUUCCUAGUUCGACAGCAGGAGGAGUCAGACCAACCAGGUUCCUACUUCCAUAACAACAACCUGACCAUUACUGUCGGCAACCUGUUUGCUGCAGGGACAGACACCUCUGCAGCCACCCUGAGAUGGGGACUGCUGCUGAUGGCCAAGUACCCCCACAUACAGGACCAGGUUCAGGAGGAGCUGAGUCAGGUCAUUGGCGACCGGGGACCCCGGGUGGAGGACCGGAGGAACCUGCCCUAUACAGACGCCGUGAUCCACGAGACCCAGAGAGUGGCUAACAUUGUACCCAUGAGCAUUCCCCACACCACCAGCUGUGAUAUCACCUUCCAGGGAUACUUCAUCAAGAAGGGAACUAUGGUGAUCCCACUCCUGACGUCGGUGCUGCAGGAUGAGGAAGAGUGGGAGACCCCCCACAGCUUCAACCCUGGUCACUUCCUGGAUGAGAAGGGUUGCUUCAUCAAGAGAGAUGCCUUCAUGCCCUUCUCUGCAGGUCGACGGGCCUGUCUGGGAGAGAGCCUGGCCAGGAUGGAGCUCUUCCUCUUCUUCACCUUCCUCCUGCAGAGGUUCCGCUUCACACCACCACCGGGGGUGUCUGAGGAUGAGCUGGACCUGACGCCAGUCGUGGGGUUCACCCUCAGCCCUUCUCCCCACCAGCUGUGUGCUGUGAGCCGGGCCUAAACCCCACUCCAGCUGUGUGCUGUGAGCCAGGCCUAAACCCCUCUCCAGCUGUGUGCUGUGAGCCGGGCCUAAACCCCACUCCAGCCGUGUGCUGUGAGCUGGGCCUAAACCCCACUCCAGCCGUGUGCUGUGAGCUGGGCCUAAACCCCACUCCAGCCGUGUGCUGUGAGCCGGGCCUAAACCCCACUCCAGCCGUGUGCUGUGAGCCGGGCCUAAACCCCACUCCAGCCGUGUGCUGUGAGCUGGGCCUAAACCCCACUCCAGCCGUGUGCUGUGAGCCGGGCGUAAACCCCACUCCAGCUGAUGGGUGUGAACCUCACCUUCUGUUCUUCACCAAACCUUUCUUGGUCAUGAGUUACAGUAAAUGUUUAUCAGGAUAUGAGUGUCAGAAAAAUGAUUAAAUAUACUGUAUGUCUCCCCUGCACAGCUGCUAAAAAGAUUUUUCUAGGAUUAUUCAACGACUCAUUCAGGAGGGAUAGAGUAUGUUUUGAAAUGUUGCUCAUGGGUCAGAUGCACAAAAAAUUUGUGACAUUACCACAGAAUAUCAUCAUGGGUUUUUCCCAAUUAUUGUA